CCAAUUUGGGAGCGAUUAUGGGAAUCCGGUUUGGUUUCUUUAGUUUUAGACAGUCGUCUGGACGUCCAUGUGCUGCUAAUAAUCCAAACACACCGGAUCGCUCAUUUAAAGGAUAUAACCGGGUGAUUUCGAAGACAUAGACUACUAAAACAUCAAGGGUUGAAAAGCAGGAGAGGACUGGAAGUUCCGGUUUUUCUGGGAAUAAUAGGACACUAAGUGUAGCGGUAAGGUCUUGUUCUGGAUCGGUCAGUAUGCAGGGCUGGGUGACUCUGGCUCUUUUGCUGAGCUUUGGGGUCAAACGCUCCCUCGCACAUAACGAUCUGGGUGAACCUCAUGUGCCUCGUGGUUUAACCUUAAAACCUGAUUUACCAGCACAGACUCUUUCUUUGACAUGGCAGAGUGACUCAUGGCUUUUUGACCUGGAGAUUUUCCACACCGAGUUCAUUAAUGUGGUGCUGAAUGAGACGGUGGCAGUUCAAGCAGAUCCUGUGACAAGAAGGCAUAGCUGGACUUGGCACUCUCCGUUACCCUUGGAGUGCACUUCUCAUUCUGUUCGCAUCAGAGCACGAAACCAUCAGUCGGUCAGCGAGUGGAGCCCUCCUCAGACCAUUCCAGGGUGGGAUAUUCCUAAGAAGUCUUACAUGUUUCCCCAAGACAAAAUGGUUCCUGUGGGCAGUAACAUGAGCUUCUGCUGUAUUGUUAACGAAAAGGAAGGUUUCAAAGAAAUAAAGUAUGGGCGUCAGGAAAUGAAAGCCACACGACUGAGCAGAAGAACGUAUGCCAUCACAGUAACCAACCAGCCAGCAUCUGACAACACGGGCACCAACGUGAUCUGCUAUUCCCAAAAGCUGCAGAUCCUCACAGGAGCUGUGGUGUUCGUAGGCUAUCCACCGGGCGAUGAGGGCUUGGUCUGUGAGACGAGGGACCUGGCAUCCGCAGAAUGUUCUUGGAUGAAAGGACGAGACACACACUUGAGAAUGAAGCGCAGCCACACUAAUUACACCCUUAAUGGAAGGGACUGUUUGGAGGCUAAUGAAAGGAAGACGUGGUGUAGCUCGAAGAUCUGGGAGGAGAACUGGACUCUGGUGGCUCGAAAUCCUCUAGGAACAGUCCAGCUAAUGGACUCGGCCCAACUCACUGACCGCGUACAUCUGCUGGCUCCAGUGGAUGUGGCAGCUGUUAAAGUCGAGGCGUGGAGCGCCACACUGCAGUGGAACUGGUCUGUGGAGGCGUAUAAAAAGCUGGAGAUGGUCUGCCAGCUGCGGCUCUUCGCCCAUGAACUUUCCAGCACACGUAACUACAGUGGUCCAGGUUUAUCUUCUGUGGUUCUGGAGGGUUUGUGGCCAGAUGUGGAUUACACUGUGACAGUGCGCUGCGGCUCCAAGCACAGUUUCUGGAAGUGGGGGGACGAGAGCGCCCCCUAUAGGAUCUACACUAAAAUGGACCGUCCUGAUGCUCUUGAUGUCUGGAUGUGGAUGGACGGCAGUAACACAGGACGUGUGUUUUGGAAACCUCUGUCUGUGAGAGAAAGUCACGGUGCAUUAGUCGGCUACAAGGUUUCUCAGAGCUCAGCUGAGGAGGACGGCUGGAAAACGGUUUCUCUUCCUCCUGGGAACCUCAGCUAUCCCAUAAUCCUUAACAACAGCAGUGACAUCACCAUUGCCGUGGCCGCACAAAAUCCAGCUGGUCUCUCUCAGCCUUCCACUGUGACCACACCAGCAUACAGAGCAGACUCCCAGCUGUCUGUGUCUGAGCUGUUAGGCACUAAUGGAUCAUUUGUCCUGUCCUGGGAGCCUGAUGUCAAUGCGAGCAGAGGGUACGCUGUGGAGUGGGUCCCGACUGGCUGCAGUGGACUCUGCCACGUUGACUGGAAGAAACUUCCUGAAUCAGCCAGCAGCUUCACAGUGAACUCAGACUCUCUGGUGGCAGGAGUGAGGUACACCGUAUCCGUGUACUCUCUCUCGACCGGCGCUCCUACGCUGCUGCAGAGAUGGCAGGGAUACUCACAGGAGAUGACUCCCUCUCAGUCGGUCGGUGAGCUGUUACUCAAUCAGACCGGCUCUGACGUGCUGCUGUCUUGGAAAGCCACCGAGAUGAAACAGCAGAGAGGCUUCAUACGUGGCUACACCAUCUACCUGGCAAACGCUGCACAUCUGGACCUCAUCGAUAAUAUCAGUGAUCCUGCAGUGCAGUCGUACAGGGUGAAGGGUUUGUCUCUGAGCUCGUAUAAGUUCGUAGUGAAGGCCUACACCUCUGCUGGGGAGGACGCGGGGGCCACUGUGGCCAUUAAAAUGGAGAUGGACACAGCUGACAUGCUGUUGGUUGGCAUUUUCGUGCCGUUGGGAAUCAUGUUCUGCUGUCUCAUCCUCGUCAGCAUCUGCUGCUACAAGAAGAGAGAGUGGGUAAAGAAGUCUUUCUAUCCUGAAAUCCCUGGACCUAAAGUAUCUGGAGACUGGUCAUCUCCACGGGGUCUUCUGGAUGUGAAGCCCUCUCCUCACAGUCUGGUCCACAUUGUGGAGAAUCCGGAGUGGGGUUUCACUAAGGAAGGUCUGUUCCCGGUCCCAGAGGAAGAGGAGGAGUCUGAGAAAGACAACAUGGAGGUCGACACGGACUCGGAGGAGCCGGCCCUGCUCAGAUACUACAAACAGGUGGUCGAUGACGGCUCGCACAGUAACCAGGUGUUAGACUCCUCUGGUUCCUCGACCGUCUCGGUGGGCUCCACGCAGACUGAAAUCACCUACGCAGGCAUCCAGAGCCCCAUCCCCUCGCAGGGGGCGUGCGCUGGUGGAGGUUACAGGCCCCAAAUGCAGUCCGUUGAAGGUCCAGCCGAGCCCCAAAUUGAAUUCGAAGCCGACUUCCAAGAUGAUGACUUGAAUGCAGGUUACAAACCCCAGUGUUCCUGGCAGCUGGAUUCUCCAGAGGCGGAAAACUUAAGCGGUUCGCUUGGCAGCCCGACAUCGGUCACAUCAUCCCAGUUCCUCAUCCCCGAAUCCUCUGAAGAGAAACCACAGCCUUCAAACACCUGGUUCCACAACUUUCUCUCUGGAAAAACCUGAGAAGGCACUAGCUAUUGUUUUUCACGUUCGUUUUGUGCCGUUCACCUUUACCGAGGAUGUUGUGUUUAUGUUCGGUUUGUCUUAGACUUUGUGCCCUAACUGGAAAUCCCUCAUAUUUUACAUAAUCAGCAUCACUACUGUUUCUCAAGGACUUGUGAUACUGACCAGACAGGUGAAAGACUACAGGAGAGCUGAAGGUGGCCGUAUCUUCUCGUGCUCGUUUGGAGCAGUAUGACCUUUUCCUUUAGGAUCGUCGCUUCUAUUCAUACGACAGUGUUUGUGCUUCCUUCUUGCAGUGUUUAUUGGAGUGAUCGCAGUAAAUCUAGAUCCUUACAGCAUUAUAUUGCUAUAUUGCUUUUCUUCAGUCCUUAUUUUCCUAAGUUUUGUGGCAGUCAGACAUAGUUGAUUGACUCUAGCAGGUUUGCAUACAUUUUCUCUGGUAAAACAGGCCGAUUUGCAUUUGAAAGGGUCAAAAACAGUGCAUUUAAGACUUGUUCUUAAAGCUGCACCGUGAUUUAAAAAAAUUGUAUGUAGCUUCAUGCAAUUUUCUCAAAUUUUUAUGUCUGUUUAAGCAGACACAUGUUGAAUAAGCAGAUAGAUCAAAAGGAAAAUGGAAGAAACUUGUGUCUCUGUUUCUUUUUAAACCGUUUCCCUGAUUAAGGAAUCAGCUGUUGAAGUGUUUUCAUGAUAUUACAUUGUAAACACUUUUUCCAACAAAAAAUAUCUCUGCUUUUGCUCCAAUAAUCCAUGUGGUAGAAAAUUGGAAGUAUCUUUCUAGUCUUUUCAUUUUUGCUUUCCCAAGGUCAGUAACAUUUAAUGAAUUUGGCAUGAUCCGUACAACAUGUGAAGCACCUUUUCCUUUAAUGAAUGUGUCUUUGUAUUUCACACCUGAACGUCCUUCAGAUGAAUAUGGCACUCCCUGUAUAAACUCAAAUAUGCAUCUAAUCAUAGAUGCAUCUGUCCAGGAUGCUAUGUCUUGUGUCCAAGAGAUUGUCAUGGUUUUAAAAUGACCACAGUGCCUCGGGAGCUCCCCACAACCCUAACCCAAAAGAAACAGCACUGUCUUCAAGAGCAGUUUCCUUCUCAUUUAGAUUAUGGGCCCACAUGGACCACAGGGUCAAUUACUUUAACUGGCCUUACUGACAACAGAGGUAUUCCUUUAGAUUGGACUUUAUCAAUCUGACAUACAGAAAUAUGAGAACUAUGUAUCUAAUGUUACUAUGAAGGCCUUGUUUUCUGUGCACUUUGCAUAUCGCUAAAACCCUUGUGCAGCAGUCAGAUCCUCAACAGAUACGUCACAUCAGGAUGACAUGACAUGACACUCGUCACUACAAUGAGCCUGAAUGAAAGAAGUCGACAUGAAAUCUCAAACAACACUAUUUAUUUUAUGAAAAUGUUUUGUUGGUGCUGUUGUGACAUUUUGUUCUAAUUUUAAUAAGAAGCUAAACAACUAGAUUGCAACCUGUUCUUGCCAAACAGUAGCUUUAUUAUUUUCCUCUUUUCACCAUCCAAUCCAUGUUUGAUGGAUACAAUCAAGCCGCAUCCUGCGUUUUAUUUCCAUAUCUUGUUUCGCUCUGAAAGGUCAUCGUGUGGAAUUAAAUGGGUCCCAGUGCAAUUUCAUGUCGACUUUGAAGAGCAUCUGAUAGCAGUAAUGAAAGUCCUAAUGUGGCGUGUGAAUGAAAGGGCAUUAGAUGAACAUUAAGAGUGAGAUUGUGAAGAAAUAUGAGAUUGGUCGGCAUCUACUGUUGCUUAAGCUUUAAACACUACUGUGAAACAUUUUUAUUUGUCCCUAAGUCUUUUUUUUGUUAUAUGUUGAGAUCUUUUAAAUAAGCCUACUUAUGUUUAUUUUUUUAUUUGCUUUUAUGAAUGUAUAAUACACAAAUGUCAAUGAUUAUACAAUGUUUUGUUUUUUAACCUUUGAAGAAUAUGCUUCAAAAGCCUUAGCUAUUCAUUUUAUAGCCAAGAUGAUUUUGUGUUAUUAGGAGUAAAAAUAUCAAAUGUACCGAUGUUAUAGGCUCUCAGUAAAGUAGGCCAAAUCUGAUCCAUAAUCUUAAAUAUCAUGUCUGAACAUGGCAUUUUAAAAAAAAUCAGAUUUGAGAUCAGAUCUUAGUAGGAUGUCACACUACAUGUACGAGGCGUUCACAUGUAAAUAUGUGAACACUGAUGUAAAUAAGCUUUUCUCCUGAGCAUCAACAUCACCAGAUGGGAAUAUUGCACCCAAGUUAAUAUUACAAUGAUAUUAUUGCCUUUGUAUGCAUGACAGAUUCCACAUUCAAUGUUCAGAAAGAGGAAGAGAUGAGAUAUGAAUGAGGAAUAUUAAAUAAUUCAUGUAACACUAUUUGAGUGUGUAAACACGUGUAAGAAAAACACAAGAUGAGCUCCUUACUCUUCUGCUAAUAAACUAACAAUGUCAACCAGUCUGUAUUAUUAUAGACAAUAAAUCCAGAUAAAAUAAA